AACAUGAAUUGCAACUCAGACUCGGAGAGAAUUGCAAAGCCAUGGAGGGUGGGCAACUUCAGAGCUUCGCAAUCGUGUCAUGUUUUUUCAUUGGCCUAUCACUAGGAUUGCUUGGAAGUGGUGGGUCCAUUCUGACCGUGCCCAUCCUUGUGUACCUCCUUGAGAUUGAUGCUAAAGAAGCCAUUGCCAUGUCUUUGGUAGUUGUUGGGGUCACGAGCGGCUUUGCAUUGAUUUCGCAUGCACUUUCCGGCAAUGUGAAUUGGAAGAUUGGAAGUAUUUUUGGGCUAGCUGGGAUGAGUGGCGCUUUUCUUGGUGGCAUCCUUGCCGGUUACAUCUCGGAGCGCAUCCUGAUGAUUCUCUUUGCUGUGAUGACACUUGCUACAGCAACAGCCAUGCUUUGCAGGGACUCGAACAGCGAACCUCGGAUCUCAGGUUCCUCUCGAAGUGAAACAUAUUGGCCAGUGCCUCACGAGUCGGAAGAGGAGGCGAAUGGACGUAGCGACUUCGCGCCUGACGACUUGGACGUCCAAAGCUCCGGCCUCCAACCUGUUAGCGUCCAAGCUAAUAGCGAUGGCCUCCAACCUACUUGCGAAGCUCAAAAUGCUGAUGCUUCCAAUUUCAAAUUGGAUGAACCAAAGGAUGAAGCAAAGCUAAGUAACUUGAAGCUGCCAAUCUGGAGAAUCGUUUUGGACGGGUUCCUGGUCGGUGUGGUCACGGGCAUGGUAGGUGCAGGCGGUGGCUUUUUGGUUGUCCCAGCUCUUGUGUUCUUCGGCGGUUUGCAGAUGACCGAAGCUAUCGGGACUUCUUUACUGGUGAUAUCCACGAAAUGUGCAGCUGGCUACUUGGGACAUGCGCAGCAUGUACAAAUUGAUCUGAAGUUGACCGUUUUGGUGUCUUUCAGUGCCGUGCUUGGGAGUUUGGUCGGUGGAUUUGGCGCAGAACGGAUUCCACAGGCGGCGCUACGCAAGGCUUUUGCCGUCUUCGUUUUGCUCAUAGGCACUUUGCAGCUAUUCAAGGAGUCAAUGGAUCCGAAGUAGGUCCACAUCCUGAUCCUGAAAGGAUACAAAGGAUGUAUUUAAGAAAGGAUGUGAGAUUCUGUGGUGCAAACAUGUUAUAUAGUUUGUUGUACAGCUUUCGACAUUGUUUUCGGCGCCGUGCUUUCGGUGCCUAACUAGGCUUGCCGCUAAGCGGAUGUCGAGUGGAAUUGCGAAAGUCGGCGGGUAGUCCGAGACCGAAUAAUCGAAUAAAUUUGUAGUAACAAGUGC